CUAAAGGAACAUUUUUCCAAUUUCAUGUUGCAGGGCAUGCCUUUUUCUUAAUCUUAUUUCGAUAAGAAUGACAGACGAAUGACAGCAUGGAGUGGGAAGGAUUCACAGAUGCACAAUUAAACCGACUCAAGAGCAACCCCGAUCAACAUGAUCAAGAUUCAGUUACAAAUUAUCACCAAGAUGGAACGAGAACGGACGGACGGCAUCAUCAACAGGGCAGACCACAAACCUCUCGACCUCCAUCCCAGAGGGGCAGGGGCAGAGGACCCCAAGGACUGAAUCGUCCCCAUGUGACGGACCCAAUUAAUAAAAAACAAAUGCUGUCCAAACCAAAACAGGUGCAAAAACAACAGGGGACCAAUCAGAAACAAGAGCAGAUGCUAUCCAAUCAAGAGCAGGUGCAAAAGGAAUCGACCAAUCAGACGCCAGAUAGAACAAAAGCACCAGGUGCGGACUCAUCCAAAACCGAAGUGAAACGACCCGUUGAUCAAGCUCAAUCAAAUUCUCAAACACCUGUUGAGGUGAAUAGAACUAAAUCAGUACAGAGUGCAGAAGCAGGAAAGAAAAAUGAGGCAGGAGGGGACAGGAAAGUCCAAGAUGAGCCCAAGAAAAAAGAGAAACCUCUGGGGAAGGAACUGGGCGAGGAGGAAGGACUGAGUCGAGAGUUGAGCAAAAUGGAGCAUUUUCAACAACAGCAAAAAGAGAUCGAGGAUGACAACUCACGCAAGAAGAAGUUAUUGGCCAUGGCCAUCGCAGACAGAAAGAAGAAGACUCAAGCAGAAACGAAACGUCUUGCCUACAUCCAGAAGGAGUUGAGUAAAAUUGAAGAGUUCUUGACCAACGACGUGAACAUCCUUCGCGAUAAGAUCGAGGAAGCAAGCAGGAACUACAGCGAAGCUCAGAAGCGCUACCAGAAAGCCGAGGCCGAGUUUGUGACGGCCAAAAUUAGCCUCCACAAAUUGAGUGAUCACAAGGAAGCCCUCACCGAACAUCUCUGCACAAUCAUACGCGAAAAUGAGCUUCGCAAAUCCAAGAAACUGGAAGAGCUUGUGGAGAAGCUAGACGUGGACAACUUUGAAACAUUCGAGGCCGAGAUGGAGGCAGGGAAAGCCCAGGCACAAGCUCGUCUGUCAUCCUCCUCAUCGGUUGGAGGUACUUCGGAAGAUGCGAAGGGAACCCCGUCGACGGGAGAGGUCUCAGGUGACGGUGGGGUUCCUGAUAGUCCAACAAUCCCACCUGCUUCCAAGACUGAGGUCCACGAUCCCCCAAGCACCCCUCAAGGUCAAGGGUCAUUGACCUCUGGUGCAGGCGAUGAUGUCCAACAACAAGAGGUAACAGUGCCACAAUUGAACUCAAAUGAGAUGUCGGAAACAUUGGGUGAGACAGACUUGAAUAAAAAUAUUGACGACUCUUCAAGUAAAAGCUUGGCUACCACAGGCUCAGGAGAAAGUAUAACAACUGGGGUGUAGAUUCUGGAACAGCGCUGUAAGUAGGAAACUAAAUUGACCCACCAUAUAAAACCCUUCAGAUCGUUAUAGACAGUUCAUUUCUGUAUAUAUCACUGCAUCAAAAUUAUUUUGAAACAGACAAAGUUUUGUUUUAAAACCAGAUUCUUUUGAAUGGUUUGAAGAAGGGUUAAAGAACGAUUUGAUUUGACUGAUUUUGCCACAAUCAUCUUCCUGUGGGCAUUAAAGUCUUCCACAAUUACUUUUUUUCUGAAGAAUUUGUAAAUAAAAUAGAAAUUUAAUAUUCUUUUAAAUGUUUGAUAAUAGAGUAAUAAAAUGAAACAAUUCGUAACAUUGCGCCAACAAACUUAAUUAAUUAUAACAGAACUCAUUCAUAGCUUAAUAGGGUAUUUACAUAGAAAACAAGUAUUUUUGUAUACAACUUUUUCGUUUUUACUUAGACAACUUUAAGAGUGUACAGUUUUUCAAACAUGAAAUAUUCUGUAUUUUUGUUUCUAUGUGUAUUCAAAAACUAAGUCCAUCAGUUUUACAAAAGAUACUUAUUAAAUUUUCUUAUGGGAAUUGUUGAUAAUUAUUUUUAAAAACCCAGGUUGAAUUAUGUCAACAACUAGCCAAAGUUAAACUGGGCUCAAUUUCAUAAACUGUUAAGCAGAUAUACUGCUUAAUAAAAAAUAUUUUCCUGUGCUUAGCAGGUGUUUGUGAUUGUAGGCUUCAUGAAAUUGGGUGCUGCUCAGUGGCAAUGCAACAGACUAACGCUAAAACUACAUGUUAACUUCUAAACCUUUCGCUCAGACUUAUAUUUUUUAUAUUUGUUCACAAAGUGAAGCAAUAAAAGUAGAACAUAUAAAUAGA